UAUCUAACCCACUAAUCAUUUUCACGACGAUGAACGAGCAGGUUAUUUAAAACGCGUAAGAUGGCUCUGUCACCAUGACUUAUCUUUUUCCAAAAAGAUACUGCCUCUUCUCAGCUCCUGGACGUCUUAUAUAUAUAAGCCUUUGGGUGUUUUGUAUUCAUCUUACAGCCUCGUACAAUAUCCAACCCCACUGGACGUCUUAUCGAAAUCAAUUUCUCUGUUUAGAGAGACUAAUAAAAGUUUACCCUUUCCUCGAAGCUUGCUGCAAACAACUUCUUUUCUACGACUACCAGCAUGUCCGAAAUCAAAGUCGUUCCACGAUUCAGUCAAGAUAGAGGUCAUGCCGACCAUGAUUGGUUGAAGACGUUCCAUACGUUUUCUUUCGCGAUGUAUCAGGAUUUCAAUCAUGAAAAAUAUGGUUCCCUCCGCGUCAUCAACGAAGAUCGAGUCGCUGCUCGGACUGGUUUUGGUACACAUUCACAUAGAGAAUUUGAGAUCUUCUCGUACGUUGUAGAAGGCGAACUUGAACAUAAAGACUCAAUGGGCAAUAUCGAAGUUCUCAAGCGCGGCGACGUCCAACUAACCUCCGCCGGCACAGGUAUUUCCCAUUCAGAAAAAGCGCAUGGAAACAACCCCGUACAUUUCCUUCAAAUCUGGUCUUUACCCUCCGUUUCCCGUCUUCAACCAAAAUACUUUACGCGUCAUUUCUCUAAUGAGGAGAAACGGGAUGCCUGGGUUCGGGUGGUAGCUAAUGCUAAUGCCGAAGGAGUGCAGAAGGACUUGAGGGAAGGUUCAAAGCAGGGAGAAGGACCGGCGCCGGUUCAGAGUCCGUUGACGAUGUAUGCGACGUUGCUUAACCCGGGAAAGAGAGUGAGCCAAGGGAUGAAAGGGCUGAAGGGAUACGUGCACGUUGUGAUGAGGAGUGGGUACAACGAGGGUCCUGCGGAUGGCGCAACUAUCAGAGUUUCGGGGCAGACACUGAGAGAGGGUGACGGAGCUUAUUUACAGGUUCCUUCGGACAGUGAUGUCGUGGUUGAGAACGUUGGGGACAGGGUUGCCGAGGUCAUUCUGUUUGAUAUUGAAUAAGUCUGCUAUUUUAUAUCCUUUGCUUUGCCAUCGUUCACUUCUAUAAAAUCUAGUACACAAUUCGUUAAUCGAUCUGUUUUAUUGGAUUUUGUAGACCGGGAACCGCCCAUUUACUAUGAGGGCGAAACUUUAGCGACCUAAGGCUUGAGAUAGAGCUACUGUAACACCAACUUUGAUUUCGCAGACGCCUUUGAAGCCCUCUACUUGCCUGAUUCUUAUGUGACGACGCUAUUAGGCUUCCUGAGGAUGAGGCUACCAAAUCUGGGGCAGACGCAACUCGAGGGCUCUUCAUACUCGUCUUCGUUGUUCCUUCUUCAUUUUAUCUUAGUGGAUCGGCUGACAUUUCAAUGGUCGAUGGCGUAGUUGGUUAUCGCAUC